UAGACGAAGGGGAGAAAAAUCACUUUGUAUUGAAGAUUUUUUUUUUUAACUACAGUCCGUGUGCAGCACUUUGCAAGAAGUGUCUUAGUAGCUAUUAAAGCUCUAUGAUCAUGAAAUUUUAUGGGGGAGUUUCUCCAGAACUGGAGAAGCAGAUGGAGAAACUGGAGAAGCAGAUGUCUCAUGUUUCAUCUAAGAAAGGUCUCUGUGUUUUUUUUUCUUGUUCUUUAACUGAUGAUGGAGGCAGCAAAGAUUUGGUUUUGAGUUGAUAAAAUUUUCCAACCGCUUUAGGAAUAUUUUAGAAUAUAGUAAAGAAAGAUUCUGAGAAUCCAAGAGCUUAAAGAGGUUUGGUGUACGAGGAUGAGAAAAAAGAUGAAAAAGAAAGUGGGCGGGUAGGGGUUUACCUACAUCUUGUGGAAUAAGAAUCAAAGUUAACUGUUUGUUGUUUAGUGGUUACACCAAAAUCAGUCUAUACAGGUUAGACUAUCCUGCCUUCAACUCAACUUCAUAUAAAAAGGUAACUCUCUGCUUACUCUUUCUUCUCACAAGUCAGAAUCAAAAUGGAGCAAGUCUGGUUAUUCUGUGUGUUGUUGGUUUUUGUAGCUUCACUUGUUAAUGCAGAAGUUCACUUCCAUGAGUUCAUUAUCCAAGAGACGCCGGUGAAGAGGCUGUGCAGAGUUCAUAACUCCAUCACGGUGAACGGACAGUUUCCAGGGCCAGCCUUGGAGGUCAGAAACGGUGAUUCUCUUGUCAUCACUGCCAUUAACAAAGCUCAGUACAACAUCAGCCUCCACUGGCAUGGGAUAAAGCAGAUGAGGAAUCCAUGGGCGGAUGGACCAGAAUACAUAACACAAUGCCCAAUCAAACCAGGAGGGAGUUACACCUACAGAUUCAACAUCGAAGAACAAGAAGGUACCUUGUGGUGGCACGCCCACAGCAGAUGGCUGAGAGCCACCGUGUAUGGAGCUCUCAUCAUCCGCCCUCCGCUCUCUUCUCCUCAUUACCCUUUCCCAGUUCUCCCUAAGAGAGAGUUCACUCUCCUCUUAGGUGAGUGGUGGGACAGAAACCCCAUGGAUGUCCUGAACAUGGCUCAGUUCACGGGAGCUGCACCAAACGUCUCAGACGCCUUCACCAUCAACGGUCAGCCUGGUGAUUUCUACAGAUGCUCCAGCCAAGAAACUUUGAGGUUUCUGGUGGGAUCAGGAGAGACAGUCCUCCUCAGGGUCAUCAACUCUGGCUUAAACCAAGAGCUCUUCUUCGGUGUGGCGAAUCACAAACUCACUGUGGUUGCUGCGGAUGCGUCCUACACCAAACCUUUCUCCACCAAUGUCAUAAUGUUAGGUCCAGGUCAGACAACUGAUGUGCUUCUAACCGCAGACCAACCGCCAGCACACUACUACAUGGCGGCACACGCUUACAACAGCGCCAACGCUCCCUUUGACAACACCACCACCACAGCAAUCCUGGAGUACAAAGACGCCCCCUGUGUUACUAGUCAAUCACAGGCACGUGCAAUCCCCGCGCAGCUGCCAGGAUUCAACGACACAGCAACAGCAGCAGCCUUCACAGCGCAGAUGAAGAGUCCUUCAAAAGUUGAAGUACCCCUCGAGGUCGACGAGGACUUGUUCUUCACGGUGGGGUUGGGACUAUUCAACUGCCCAACCCCCAACACGCAAAGAUGUCAAGGCCCUAACGGAACACGCUUCACCGCCAGCAUCAACAAUGUCUCUUUCGUCUUCCCUAAAAGAAACUCCAUCAUGCAAGCCUAUUACCAAGGCACUCCCGCUGGAGUUUUCACCACAGACUUCCCUCCUGUUCCUCCAACCACAUUUGACUACACAGGAAACGUGAGCAGAGGGCUAUGGCAGCCUACACGCGGAACAAAGGCCUACAAGCUAAAGUACAAGUCCAAAGUACAAGUCAUACUGCAAGACACAAGCAUCGUGACCAUUGAGAAUCACCCAAUGCAUCUCCACGGGUACGAGUUCUAUGUAGUUGGGACAGGUAUUGGUAACUUCAACGCGAACAAAGACACAUCCAGCUUCAACCUCAUUGAUCCGCCACGGAGAAACACAAUUGGAACCCCUCCUGGUGGAUGGAUAGCUAUCAGAUUCGUGGCGGAUAACCCUGGAGUGUGGCUGAUGCAUUGCCAUAUAGACGCACAUAUAUUCUGGGGUCUGGCUAUGGUCUUUUUGGUCGAGAACGGUGAAGGGCACUUGCAGUCUGUACAGUCUCCACCAUUGGACUUACCUCAGUGUUAAAAAGACUCAAUAUAAACACUCAUAGACUUGUAUAUCUUCUUCCUUUUUCCAGCAUGAUUUGUUAAGUA